AUGGAAAUUAUGGAAAAUCGUGUUGAAGUUUCGUGUCCAGAGUGUGCAGCCCAUUUGCAUCCCUCAGAUAUACGAAAUCUAGUUGGUGGCCGAACGGCGUUAAUCGAGAAGUAUGAGCAGUUCAGUCUUCGCCGAUACCUUAUGACCGAGACCGAUGCUCGCUGGUGUCCAGCCCCCGACUGUGGAUAUGCUGUCAUUGCUUCUUCUUGCGCUGCAUGUCCUCAACUCAAAUGUGAACGCGAGUCUUGCGGAACUCUAUUUUGUUAUCAUUGCAAAGGCGUAUGGCAUGCAAGUCAGACGUGUGAUGAAGCGCGACGUCAACGUGGGGCCCCAUCAUUUAGAGCUACUCGGCGUAUCACCAGUGCUUCUAUCGACAUUCAACUAAAACCUGGAGACAUAAAAGCAUGUCCUCGUUGUCACACUUACAUUGUAAAAAUGGAUGAUGGUUCGUGUAAUCAUAUGGUUUGUGCCAUGUGUUCAGUUGAAUUUUGCUGGUUGUGCUUGAAAGAAAUCAGCGAUCUUCACUAUCUGAGUCCAACUGGCUGUACGUUUUGGGGAAAGAAACCAUGGACACGCAAGAAAAAAUUACUGUGGCAACUAGGCACUUUGAUAGGAGCUCCUGUUGGUAUUGCUUUAAUUGCUGGAUUAUCUAUACCUGGUAUCAUUUUUGGUGUUCCUGUAUUUGUUGGAAGGUAUCCUACACCUGCUUCGACUUUAUAUUUUGAUUGUUACACUUUACUGAAUGCAAAGGUUCAUCAGCGCUUUCUGCAUCACUCAAAAACUCGUCGUCGUUUUUUAACAGCUGCUUGUGUGGCAGGAUCACUGUUUGUCAGUCCAGUACUUGCUGUAAUGGCUGUUGGUACCAAUACAUUUUCAGGUGUUGGAGUUCCAAUCAUGCUUGCAUACGUAUACGGCGUAGUUCCUCUCUCACUCUGUCGUAACGGCGGCUGUGGAUUUUCUGAAGUAAACGGGAGACCAGGGGUAUUUGAUGAAGAAGAUCUGUGGGCAGGAACUUCAAGUAAGUUCCUCGUUACUUUGUUUGCCUUCAAUAUGUCGACUGGAAUAUUGUGUAUCUGGCAUCAACUUGCUUUAUAG